AUGUCAACUACUCAAUACGCUACACGAUACCGCGCACGACAGGCGCUAACCAAUGACCCACCCGUUAGACUGGCAGCUGGUAUGCCGCGUGCUAAUAGUGAGUCCAUGCUCUCUUCCGUCUCCUCUUCUCCGGGGGGAGUAACGCCAAGGGUGCCUUCCCCUGCGAACUCCGUCGACACACCGAUCCGCUUAUAUAGCGACAUUGUGUUGACGCGAAUUCCCUCGAUGCCCGGAGGGCUCGAGGCGACACCUGUGGGAUUAGUCAAAUCCGCGGGAUUGAGGACGGAAGAAAUGACGGCCGAUAAAUCGGCAUCAGUAGACCCUACAGAGGAAAGUGUAGUAGGUAGUAAAUCUGAGAAAGAGAGAUCUAAGGUUACUUUUGACCUUAAGAGCGGGAAUGAAAGUUCGAGUGAUGAACAAUCCGCAGAAUCUGGUGACGACCAGACGAGCGCUGAAUGGACAAGUGUCCAACGGAAACGCGGGAGAAGAAGCUCCUCACGCGAAGUACCAGCAGGAGGCCCACGAGCCUCAGAAUUGAACCAGGAACAAGAACACCUGGUAAGGUUAGCGGAGAAGAAACUGACAGGAAGCGAUCGCAAGAGGAUUGAGACCCGAGAGAGGGCUGUCAGUCGAAAUACCUCAAGGGACAGUACAUUGUCCCGCGGGGAAGGACCUUCUAAGGAAAAGGGCAAGGCCCCUGACCCAAGAAAUUGGGGCGGAACCGAGUUUGAGGACGACGAGGUCGAUGUAGAUGCUCAAAGGGCAGCAUUAGAAUCCUUUCGUCUGGCGAAGGGAAAUGGAGGAGGUCAAAGGGAACCGGACUCUGACCAUGAGACAUCCGAUAAGCCACAGGGAGACAGCAGUGAGGUGACAGAGCCCAGGGAAGAUACCUGGAAUGAAAGUGCCAGUUACAUAUCGCGCUUCAAGGCAGAAGCGGCAGUGAGGGCCGUGAAGGAACGACUCACCGACCGUUACGAAGCUCGCCUGAGGGAACUGGAGAAGAAGUUAGCAUUGAAGGAAGGGUCUAAGAAACCCAAGAAACGCCAAACUCACCUUGAAGCCACCAACCCAGUAAACGGGAUGGUGGAGAGGGUCCUGGAACGAGCAUCCAGUCCGGGACCCAACCGGAUGACACCCCAAGCGAUGGACCCGGUACAGCAAGUCGCACCCCGAAGUUAUAUCGGGAAGGCGCUCGAUCAGCUAAAAGGAAGCAAAAGUAAGAAGAAGCCCAAAUCCAAGGGCAGGAGAGUACUUACACCAACGGAUCCUAGUGACAGCGAGGACAGAAGUGACUCCAGCUCCUCGUCGAGUUCAUCUGAAUCGUCGAGUUCCUCGUCUGAGUCUUCUGAAUCUAGUGACUCGUCAUCGGACGAGUCGCGGAACAGCUCUAGAAAGCGCCGCAGUAAGAAAAAGAAGAAUAAAAGGGGUAAGAAAAAUACCUUAAAGCCUAUUCCCCCGGUCUAUUAUGACGGGGCCCCAGAUUCAAGGGUGUUCCAUCAAUUUCUGACUGAGGGGACGGCCUAUGUGAAAGAUGGUCAGGUUGAGAGGAAAAGGAGGGUGUUUAUACUUGCCCACUACCUGAAAGGUCGUGCUCGUGAGUUCUACACGAGGGAAGUGUCUGGAGACCCAUACCGUUGGAGGCUUCGCGGGUUCUUUACAGAAUUAUUCAACCACUGUUUCCCCAUUGAUUUCAGGAUGAAGCAGCGUGAGAAGUUGAACCGUUACUAUCAGAAUGAUAAGUCAGUAAGGGAGUACAUAUACGAGCUGAGUGAGCUAUGGAACAUGAUUGGGGAUGUAGCAGAACGACAGAAAGUGACUCGCCUUUGGACGGGACUCAAUUCUAUGCUGCAAACCGAGCUGUGGAAGAAGGAAUUGAAUCCGGAAACCUCUUCAUUCCGACAAGUAAAGAACACUGCUGAAAUAAUCGAGAUAGCACACUCAGUGCCAUCUAGGAAUUGUGAUCGGCGUGGAAAGGAAAAGAGUACAAAUGGUACUGACCAGGCCGGUGAGAGGAAGGGAGGCACAAACCCCAAAAAUGAGGAACGUAGUGAUAGGAGGGAUGGACAGCGACGAAAGGGCCGCUUCCCGCGGAGGGAUGAUCGAUCGUCGAGUGAUCGACCAUCGAAUGGACACCCCAGACCAACAGGGGGGCAACCAAGACAUAGCGGGCGUCCUAAACCUCAAAUCACAGAUAAGAGGAACGAUAGAAUGAGCCCAGCUGAGAAAGAGAGACAUGCCGCUGAAGGGUUAUGCUAUGUCUGUCAUCAGCCGGGCCAUAUAUCUAGAAAUUGCCCUCAGAAGACCACAGUGAAACGUGAUGGGAAGGCGAACUCACCACCGGGAAUGCAAAAUUACAGUAUUGAGGUGGAUCUAAAUGAGAUGGACCGGAUGCGAUAUCUGGAGGAGACCACGACAUCAAAUGACGCCGUUGACCUGGGGUGCGCGUCCAUGUCCUUGCAAUAUGAGAACAUCCUGGACAACACAAGGGUUAGCGAUAACACGAUCUCAACUAGGAGAACGAAGCGGAUCUCACAGAGAGAUAUCCAUGGGGCUAAGCCCACUGAAAUGGGUGAAGUAUUGUCCAGGAAGGCUAAAUACCUCCUGGACGUAGGGAUCUAUCCCAGGGACCCGGUGUAG